CCCAUCGAAAAAAGGCACCUGCAUAAACACCAUUCCUACAUCGUCAUAACCUGGGAAAGAGGAAACCUCAGCAUGCCUAUCACCACCUUGAAGCAAGUCUCUCGCAGUUCCAUCGUCCUCCGCUCCGCCUCUUUGUCCCACUGCCGGUUCACCACCUCCUCCAAGUUUAGAUCCCGCCUCCGCCAACCGGGAGAGCCCUCUGGCCCGAACGAACCCCCGGCCCACACCUCCUCACCCCCCUCCAAGUCCCCGCUCAAAGUCUGGCCCUUCGUUUUCAUCUUCGCCGCGGGCAGCUUCGGCUUCAAAAAAAUCGUCGAUCAGAGAAAGGGGGAGUAUAAAGCCCCAGGCCCUGUAGCCGGUCACUCGCCCAGCCGUCCUUGAGCAC